GUUAUUGCCGAGCGUCUUUAGAAGCUGAGCGACGAGGCCUGCGGGCAGGAGCAGCAGGCGUCUGGGUUCGGCUCUCCUGGGGCGGGAGACUGGGCUGGAUGUGGGAGGCCGAUGGGAUGGGCUGAGAAUGGAGGAUUUUCUCUCUGCCGAGUCGCGCUCUUCUGGGGCCCUCCGCCUGCUCGGGCACCCUGGCUCACUCCUGGGUAACAUUCGCCUUGUACCUUCCAGGCCCCAGCCGUGCCGCCUCGUUACGAUGACCAGCGUGGUCAAGACAGUGUACACCCUGCAGCCCCCCUCUGUGCUGAGCAGCGGCCUGUCCGCAGAUGCACAAACUCGAGCCACUUCUAAGAGCCUAUUACCUGUUAGGUCCAAAGAAGUCGAUGUUUCCCGACCUCACUUAGGAGAUUCAGAAAAUGAUGUUACAAAAAUCAUCAAACCAAGACGAGACAAUGGGCAGCUGAGAGCUACAGACACUGCCACCAGGAGGAACAUCAGGAAGAGCUAUAAGCCACUGAGUAAAGAGAAAUCAGAGGAAGAGCUCAAGGAUAAGAACCAGCUCUUAGAGGCCGUCAACAAGCAGUUGCACCAGAAGUUGAUUGAAACUCAGGGAGAGCUGAAGGACUUGACCCAAAAAGUGGAGCUGCUGGAGAAGUUUCAGGACAGCUGUCUGGCAAUUUUGGAGAGCAAGGGCCUCAACCCAGGCAGUGAGACCCUGGCGGCACGGCAGGACUCCACCACGGAUCACAUGGACUCGAUGCUGCUGUUAGAAACUUUGCAAGAUGAGCUGAAGCUUUUUAACGAAACAGCCAAAAAGCAGAUGGAGGAGUUACAGGCCUUAAAGGUAAAGUUGAAGAUAAAAGAAGAAGAGAGGGCCCAGUUCCUAGAACAACAGACCUUAUGUAACAGUCAAGUAAAUGAUUUUACAACAGCCCUUGAGGAAAUGGAGCAGCUAUUAGAAAUGUGAUAAAAAGCAGGUGGCCACAUGGCUCCCUCUUGGGGAUAAACUCUCAGAGGAAGCCACUUAAGACAUCUGCUUCUUGGCCAUGAUCUUCUAGGACUCACCACCCCCAGAAUGAAAACAGUUUCUGCAGUUCAUGCUGGAAUGGCAAUUCCUCCUUUAAGCAAGCAUUCCCAGCCUUCAGAUUGGCCAGCUCUCCUGAACCUCACAAUACGUAAUUGAGGCCUACAAGAGAGGGGGCCUGAAAGCUUGGAUCAACCUCCUAGGCAACAGAGCGGCACAGAAUUAGUAUCAGGAGACUAAACCAGCCACAGCCAGAGAAGCCAAAAGGUCACAUUCAGACGUGUGGGAAGAAACAGUGGUGCACAGGUGCUUCACGGGAGACAUCACUGAGGAGCCCUGCGGUCCCCUCGUAACUUGGAACCCAUUCUGUCCCAUCCUGGUUGGGCUCUAUAACCUCACUGUAAAUUUACAAACUGGAAGUUACCUGAAAUGGUUUAAUAAAUGGGGUGAAGGUAUAGAUAGCAAUAACACCUAUGAAACAAUACACCUUGGAGCUUUUAAUCUAAAUCAGUUCUGUUUUUGUUUUUAUAAAGUGUUACUUUUACAAUAAAUAUUUCUGUAACUAUUCAGA